GGCGCUUUUGGUCGGACAAAAUAAAAUUGGCUCGCGAGGAAAAUGAGUGCCCCGCCCCUUGGUGCCCUGGGAAAAGUGCUGGUGGCAUAUUGAAGCAAGUGUAGGAAUAACUAACACUCAAAUUUACACACAGCGGUCUAGGCAACUCGGGCAAGAUCUGUCAGCAGUAAAUACAAAGUGACAAAGUGAGCAAGUGAUCAGUGUAGUGUCAUCAACGGGGACAAUAACAUCUCGGCAAAAAUGCUGAAGUUAUUCAAAAAGUCGAAAGACAAAAUGCCCAAGUCGGAGAUCAUAACCGAGCCCAAUGAGCCCAAGACACCGCCGGUCUCCAAAUGCGGCAAGCCCCUGCAGCUGGACAACUGUCGGCGGGAGCGCCGCCUGCACAAAGAGCUGAUGUCCAUGAUCAAGGAGCCGCCACCGGGUGUAACCAUUGACACCGAGAGCGUACAGCAAAAUUUAUCUGAAUGGAAAAUAAACAUUAAAGGUUUCGAGGGCACACUUUACGAGGGCGAGGACUUCCAGCUGCUGUUUAAAUUCAACAAUAAAUAUCCCUUCGACUCGCCAGAGGUAACCUUUAUUGGUACCAAUAUACCAGUGCAUCCACAUGUCUACAGCAAUGGACACAUCUGCCUCUCCAUUCUGACCGAGGACUGGUCGCCGGCGCUGUCCGUGCAGUCCGUGUGCCUUAGCAUAGCCUCCAUGUUAAGCAGUUGCCGCGAGAAGAAGCGUCCGCCGGACAACACACUCUACGUAAAGACCUGCAAUAAGAAUCCCAAAAAGACUAAAUGGUGGUAUCACGACGAUUCUGUUUAGUUAGGAGGUGCAAUUUAUGACUACUGCCCCGCUGAUGUUUGCUUUGCGCAUCCAAAACCAACAGAAACAACUUCAACAACACCUGAUUGCAAUUCGAAAAUAGAAGCAAGAAAGGUCCAAAAACAGAACCCACAACGAGCCAGAACAGCCCCAAGUGCACUCAGAUGUGAACAAAGCAAAGCGAGUCAAUGAGAAGACGAUCAUUAGUGUUUGGCAAACAAUCAUAGCGCACGCAGCAGCCGUGCUUCUAAUUCUAGCUAUUAUAUAAUCAUCACAAGGCGUGUGCGAAACAAACAACUAUUAUUACAUGUUAACAUUUUAAUUAGAUUGUUAAGAGCCCGAAAUUUAAUGUCUAAAUUAAAUGUUAUGCUACCAUCUAAUAA